UUGAUAAGGAGAAACUGCAACUCACGGUGGAGGGGAGGGAUAAGUUGGUUUGACUCUCCUGGAUAAUGGAUACUAUGAGCCAAAACCACAUAUGACCGAAAGAUGGCAAGCCUCCUGUUGGAUUUGCACAGGCGAGACAACGAUUUCUCCAAGUGGAAAUCAAGAAGACGAUAUCAGAUACAGCUUUAAUUCGAAGGCGUCAUUGGUGAAAGAUGAAACUCACACACUUAGAAUGCUUUAUGGAUUUUGCAAAAGCAGCCCCUGUUUAUUACAUGCACCCCAGACUGACCUACUCCUUUACCAGAAAAUUCUGCGUUUCUGCGAUGAACGACAAUGACCCAUUACUCCUUUCUGCCACCGAUUCUGCUUCUCUUCGUUAUCAGGAAUCUCAUCGACCACACCCUCUGUUUGUGGAUCCAUAUGCCGAUUGUCUUGUCCCUCCAAAUACUUCGAAGGAUACGGAUCAAGGCUUUCACUCCUAUUGUCUUGUAACUAAAUUCAUUGAUGAUAAGCUACAUUGGACAGUUAGCCAUAUUGAUGGACUUAAGCAGGUAGUUUUGUUGACUGAUGGUAUGGAUACACGGCCAUACAGACUUAGUUGGCCUCCUUCAACCACGAUAUUCGAUAUAUCCCCAGAAAGGGUAUUCCAAACAGCAGCUGAGAAGCUUCAAGGCAUCGGGGCUAAGGUUCCUAGAAGUUGCUUAUUCCUGCAUGUGCCCAUGGAAUCAUCAGAUCUAAAGCAAAGUUUGCAUUUGAAGGGCUUUAGUGGCAGCAGGCCAAGCGUAUGGAUCAUGCAGGGGUUUCCUAUGAUGACAUUGGCAAAUUUUGAAGACGUUUUGUCAAUGGUAAGCAGUUUGGCCAUGAAGGGAGGCGUUUUUGUGGGAGAGUUGCCCGGCUGGUUGGCUGAGACUGGAAUAGGAACCGAGGCACAGUUCAGUACGUGUCAAUGGAUGGAAAAACUUUUCAUGGGCAAUGGCUUUCGGGUGGAAUUGAUUAGCGACGAAGCAAUUGCAGAAAGUGCAGGCAAGGAAUUUGCUCCAAGACACUCUACUAAUCUGCUGUUUGUAGCAGAACAGCUACGGUUUUCUGAUGAUCAGAUGGAAACAUGGAGAAGAGAAUUUCAAAGGGUGGAAGAGGAAGGAGAUGAAGAAGGUUUUGAAGAGUUGUAGCACUGUGUAUCUUCACCAUAGACAGAUAAGUCAGGUCACCUGGAUUCGUCCACCCAAAAAAUAUAUUUAUUCCUUUUAUGCCACAGAUCUGCGUGUUUUUAUGAUAAAAUAAUACUAUAUACUAGCAUAUCUUCUCGCGAGAUGAUAGUACCUUGAAAAGUUUUUUUAUUGUUAUACUUAUAUUUUUAACAUUUAAAUGUUCUGUAUGACUAUAUUCACAUCCAAAAUUUUGUUACAUGAUAAUAAUCUUACUUCUGCUGUUACUCUC